AUGUCAAAACAGGAUAAGAAAUUAAAUCCUCUCGUAAUUUAAGAAUCCACUCCAAUAACAUAGCCAUAUAACCGAAGGUAGUAUUUAUGCCCUAUCAUAUUUUUAGCUACAAAUUAUAUCACUACAUUCCUUAUAUCCUAUUCCGCAAUAUUAAUAACCAUAAGGAGCUCUAGUUCUCAAAGGAGAAUUCAUCAAUCAUCAAGGCAUUGAUUUGA